GGGCGCCAAGCCCGCCCGGAGGAGGCGGCGCGGGGCAGUGGUUGCGGCUCCGUGGCCGGGAAGCUCUUGAGUGACGCUCCCCGGACGCGCGGGAGGAAGCGUCGGGCCGGGGCCGGGGCCGGGGCAUGGCCGAGCGGAGCCGCGUCCUGCGCCCUCGCAGGAGAGGAAACUCCAGUGCAGAGGAGGGAGUUGCCUGGGGCCAUGAGUCCAGCUGGGAGCCGAUGAUGGAGCCUCGUGUCUAAAGGAGACAGGAUGUUCCCAUCUGUGACGUCAGUGGUGAGGUUCUCUGCGUAUGACAACGUCACGCAUUCCACUGCUCUGGUAACAGUGCCAGUUAGCGUGACGGCUCUGUCCCCUGUGACCACACAGUCAAUCAAUGAUACCAACAUCACUGUGCCGCACAAGUGCCUACUUCUACUUUACGAGGACAUUGGGAAGUCUAGAGUCCGGUACUGGGACCUCCUGCUCCUGGUUCCCAAUGUACUCUUCUUUGUCUUUCUUCUCUGGAAACUGCCCUCCGCCAGGGCCAAAAUCCGUGUCACCUCCAGUCCCAUCUUCACUACUUUUUAUAUACUGGUCUUUGUGGUGGCAUUGGUUGGGAUUGCAAGGGCCGUUGUCUCCAUGACAGUCAGUGCCUCUGAUACUGCUACAGUGGCCGAUAAGAUCCUGUGGGAGAUCACGCGCUUCUUCCUUCUGGCCAUUGAGCUGAGUGUGGUGAUCCUAGGCCUCGCCUUUGGUCAUCUUGAGAGCAAGUCCAGUAUUAAACGUGUCUUGGCCAUCACCACGGUGCUGUCUCUGGCCUACUCUGUCACCCAGGGGACACUGGAAAUCCUGUACCCUGAUUCCCACCUCUCUGCAGAAGACUUCAACAUCUAUGGCCAUGGAGGGAGACACUUCUGGCUUGCCAGCUCCUGUUUCUUCUUUCUGGUCUAUAGCUUGGUGGUGAUUCUUCCAAAAACUCCGCUGAAAGACCGGAUUUCUCUUCCAUCGAGGAGGAGUUUUUAUGUCUAUGCUGGAAUUCUUGCCCUGAUGAAUCUCCUGCAGGGCCUGGGCAGUGCCCUCCUCUGCGUGGAUAUCAUAGAAGGACUGUGCUGUGUUGAUGCCACAACAUUCCUCUACUUCAGCUUCUUCGCACCUCUCAUUUACGUGGCAUUCCUGAAAGGCUUCUUUGGGUCUGAGCCAAAGAUCCUUUUCUCCUACAAAUGCCAAGUGGAUGAACCUGAGGAUGUUGAUGUGCACCUCCCCCAUGCCUACGCUGUAGCCAAGAAAGAGGGCAUGGAUUCCGGCUUCUACUCCAGCACCCAAAUUGACACCACAGCCUACCUGGAUGAUGUUGCCUCUAUGCCCUACCACGUGGGCAGCAUCAACAGCAUUGAUAGUGACCGUUGGAAAGCCAUCAAUGUGUGAAGCAACCCACAUCUCCUUUUGCAAUGCCUCAUUCCCCUCCUUCCAACCUCUCUGAUCCCACAGUUGCUAGGAUGUGCAUUGGAAAUUGAUCCUCAGCUAUUCGGUGUGGCUUUCCCCUCUUUCCUUGGGGUGUUGUCAUCCCAUUGUGGAACAAAAUAGACAACUCCUCUGACCCUCCCAGAAGGACAUGCGCUGUCUUCACAUGAAAAUGGCCUAGACCAGCUGUAUUCACAAAUACCUUUGUGCAGAACCUUCCUGAGUGUUCCAGAGAUGGAUGAGACCCAGAAGAUGGGCCUGAAUGAUCCACUUUCCUCUUUGAAUGUCUGAAAGCACUUAUUUGAGUGGGAGGUGGGUGGGUUUGGGGUGCGUGAACUGAGAUUUAUGCACCAGAGCAGCCAGAGGAAGCAUUCUGUGCAUGGACCCAGAGGCACUUUGGGCUGUCUCGGUAGGCCCGCCUUCCCAAAUAGUAUUGUAAUUAACCUGCUCAAGCUCUUAGCAAUAGCAGUGUCUGGUGAGGAAGCUUGGAAAAACAGAGUUGCUCCCAGCUCUGGUUGAUACAGAUACAAAUCAUGAAAUGCAGUAUGAUGGGAAUUGUGUUGAGUGUUUAGCUGGGGAAGGCGGUGAGGGGUGGAGUGAGGAAGUACAAUGAUGAUUGAACUGUUAAAUGUGCCCCGAGACCAGGGUCGCAUUUUACAGGCUUGUGAGACUGAUAUAUCCUGAGUAAAAAAUAGCGGGACUGUAAAAGAGCUAACAUGGCUGGUCAACUGAGACCAAACAAGUGAGGAAGCAUCUCUGAAGAAUGUGCUGCUGUAUAACUGGACUUGCAGCCUGACUUCUCGGUGACAUGCAGCUAUGUGCUUUACACUGAAUUGGGGUUGAGUUUUCACACUCAAACUGGCCAUGUGAGCAUGCUACAGGUCUGUGCUCUGCUUUGGAGGGUCCCCCAGCUACAAGAGGGCUACAGAGGAGAAGGCUGGCUCUGAAAAUGAAGGCUGCAGAGGAGAUCAGAGGCCUGAGGCAGAGCGAAAGCCGAAGAUGAGCCUUGGUUGCUAGUAUCCCAUGCCUGGAGAGGUAUGGGAAGCCAACCAAGUGGCUAGAGUCAAGAGGACAAGUGUUCUAGCUUGGGAGGUAAAUGGGAAGUAGGCAAAAUGCUACUGCUUCUGCGGCAGCUUCUCCUGAUCUGUGCUGUGUUGUAGCUUGGGCCCCUGGCACAAUCACACUGGCCUGAAUAGGUGCUGCAGCUGGAUAUGUUUAAAAACCAUAUGACUUUGGACUUCCCUGCUGGUCUAUUUAAAGACUCUCUGAGGUCUUGCCAUUAACCUCUUCUACAUGGAAAGAAGGGUUUGCAUCUGACAUGCAAACCCCAUGUCAUGUCAGCAUGACAUGGACCCCAUCGCAUUCCUACCCCAUGGCUGUUCUACUCAAGGCUUCCAUAGCUGGGCUUGUGGGACCUCUGGGAUGCGAUUUGCAUUCAUCAGUGGUGAAUACAUUUAUGUUGGUAGCAUUAGAAGUGCGGUUCUGACUGGAGACCUCCAGGUACGUGGAGGAUCUGACAUGUGAAUUGGCUGCAUUUAAUUGGAAAUGGCAGGUUGAGGUUGUUUUCAGCAUGUAUGAAUUUUAUGGGUCUCUUCUUUGACUGCUGAUUUCUGGAUCCUGAUAGUUGGGGAUAAUUAAGGAAGCAAAUAUCCUUCCUGUUGUGUGGUGCUGGAGUAUGGGUUUGAAUCCUGAAGGAGGUUAGAGGGUGUAGUUUGCUUCCAAGUGUUCCCAAAUGAGGAAAUGGGAAGCCUGAGGGGUGACAACAGGGAGUGUGUGUGCAUCACUACAGUCAUGCAGGCACUUGACUUCUCUACUUGAUGAGCACAACCUUGCUGUGAAGGCCAGGCUAUUCUGUUCCCUUUGUUUUCUAGCCAUCAGGUCUCUAAGCAGCCCUGGGACCCAAAGGGAGAGACACUUGGUUUAAGUGCAUGUGUGCUUUUUACUUUAUUAUUUUUAUUUACUUUUUAAAGAGACCUCAUUGCACCAUGUUGGCUCCUCAGAGCCUUGUAGACUUCCACAGCAUGUGGUGAUGACAACAGCAGGUGCCUGGGAAUGUGCUCUGAGAUCUUUAUUGAGCUCUCGUCCAGAUGGGCCUUUAUCCCACCAGGGAAACCUUGUAGCUUCCUACUGUAGCUGGCAUUAGCUGCAUUGGGACCCCAGUGUAGUGGUCUGUGGGGGCUGAUGGGAGCAGGGUUAGGCGACUGAGAGCAGGGUGUCUGAAUGGCUGGUGGCAUGUCUGUGAGUGCUGCUCUGGUGGCUGAAGCCCUUGGAGAUGAACCACUGUUAACGACGGUGGGGAAACUUAAGCAUAAUUUCCACUGUGUAGGCAGGGCUGUACAAGCCGACUCGGGAGUGGGAGGGCCUUGUUCUGGGUGGGGGACAGAAUUGUCCCGUCAUGAAGAACAAAGGAUGGGAGUCCAGGACUCUGAAAAUAAGGCUUGCUUGUGUCUCUUCCUCAGUGAAGUAAGAGCAGUCUGUGAAUUCUGCCUAUCAUUGGCUGAUUGAAAUGCAGAAGGACCAGCUGCCAAGUGCAUCCAUCCACUCCUUUCUGGAUGGGACAAGUAUCUUUCCUCCCCCUUCCCCAUUUCCACCCCCCCACCCCCAAAGUCCAUUAUUUCCUUGCAAUGUCCCACAUUGUGCUGCUAAGGAGCUUCCACACUAGGUCAAGGACUGACUGUAUUCCCGCUGUAUGUCUGUGUGUAUGUAGCGCCUCAGAGACCAGCACUGGCUGUGGUCUAUGGGCAGAAGCGCUUGUCUGUGUCGGGCAGGGAAGGGGAGAUUGAAAACAGAGUAAUGUAUAUUUUUGUUUGUAAAAUAAAUAAAAUGAAGUUUGGCAUAAACAGAAAACUUUCUCUUGCCAGUGCCCUCAGCUGUAUAAAAGCUCUCUGGGAUCUUUGUACAAAUAUAUCUG